AUGGCUCCAAAGAAGAAGUCGGCCCGCCCGGCAACCUCUACUCCAUCGAAGAGGGUGAUCAGAGGCCCAUCCCAAUCGCUGCGCUCCCAGGCCCCCUGCCAGGACGGCGGGGAAGGGGUCGAGUCUUUAGUCGCUAGCUUGGCGGGCGACCCUGAGGCUCUGGCCCGCCUGGCGUCCUGGUCUGGAUGGCCUGCUGCAACGCCCGGCCCACCGCGGACGGGGCCGGGCGCAUCCUCUUCGACAGGGCGGUGGCCUCCCCCCCCACUUCGGCCGGGUCCAGUGAGGAGUGGCGAGGGCACCACGUCACAACAGGAGCUGGUUGCGUCCCGCCCUGCGACCCGUGCGGCGGCACUGCUUCGCCAUCGCCGACCGCCAGAAAGGGGAAGGGAAGGCGGGGGAGGUCCACCACACCCCGUGCAGGCCGGGCGGCGCGAGGUUGUCUCGCCGCCCGCUUCCGCGGCGCCUGCCGGUGCCUUCCAAGUUUCUCCUCGGGUGGAAAGCGUCGGCGGGCAGGCGGCCAUGAAGCGUGCUAGCGGCGCAAAGGGGACACUUAGUCUUCCUCGACAGGUUAUCAACAACUACCUGGAUGGGGCUCAAGCAGGUUCCACAGAAAGGCUCACACCUGGAGGGAUGCACUUCCGGGACAGCAAGAGGAAAGUGGACUAUGUUUUAGCUUACCACUAUCGGAAAUGUACCUCGCAGUCCGUUGGUGGUUCUCCAAGCCUCUCGCAGAGACCUCCUUCUUUGGCUAUCAUUUCUAACGGGGAGACGGCCAAAAGUCAAUCUGAACAGCAGCCGCUGCCGCAACAAGGCCAGGGAGCAGCUUCUCCAAAUGCCGAGGUCAUCGAUCUGGGGCCGUUGGAGGCUCUGGAGGAAGCGAAACGGGAGCAGAGGAAAGAAUUCGAAAGCAACCUGAUGGAAGCUGGUCUGGAGAUAGAGAAAGACGCAGAGAAUAAGACACAAGGGCUGAGUUUUGUCCGAAUACAUGCACCAUGGAAUGUGCUUAGCCGAGAAGCAGAGUUUCUUAAAAUAAAAAUGCCCACGAAAAGGACGUAUGAAAUAAAAGAAGAAACGGGAAUUGUCAAUAAGUUGUCUGAAAUAUGGCAGAAGUUUACAAAACCUUUGCAGCCCAAUGUGCCACAGCAAAAUACCACCAGAAUGAAGCAUUUAUCUUAUCCUUUCUCCAGAGAAAAAAUCUAUUUGUACAACAUUCAAGAUAAAGACACGUUUUUUGACAAUGCUACCCGCAGUCGAAUAGUACAUGAAAUUUUGAAGCGUACAUAUACUACAAAAGCCAAAAACAGUAUGGGUAUUAAUACAUUAAUAGCAAACAAUGCAUAUGAAGCAGCCUUUCCCCUCCAUGAUGUAGGUAUACAUUUUUUUGACAAUCUCCUAAGAACCUUGUUAAUAGUGAAUGAAUGCUUAAUUGUUACUACAUAUGAGAUCCGGCUGGAGUGCAAACUUCCUGUUAAGAAACAGUAUUCUUCAAAUAAAUAA